CCUUCACCGAAGACCAGGCCUUGCCUUUUCUAGCGCUUAGCUCCAGGUACACCACCUCGGGCCUCAAAUACUCUGCGUCUUCAACAUUAUCAUGCAGCAGCCUUUGUAACUUCUUAAUGCCCUCCAAAAAGUCACGAUGGAUGCAUUUCGCGAGCGUGACUCACCUGAUACGACGAAAACGUCAUUCAAUAUCAGUAUUAUUUCUGCCUUUUCUUGCCUGCCUCUGGAGCUGCACACUACUUGCUUUGUCUACCUUCAUUUUCUGCGCAUGGGUCUACCUGCAUCUCACCCGCAUAACUGCUGGGUCACGUGAUCACGAUACCAUGCCAGCAUACGCUAGAAAUAACUGUUGA